AUGAUUGUGCGAAGGCAGGGUGCUGAUGAAACACAUAAAGAUUUUACAGUUCGUCGACACAGGGUGCUUGAAGCUAUAUUGUGGUUGAAAACAAACAAUCCAUUUUUCAAAGAUAUUGAGAUUGACAGGGAUAUUAUCCAAAGUCUACCUGAAAAUGGUGUCCCUGAAGAGCUAAGGUAUAUUUUUGAUGACAAUGAACUUCCAGUUCAUGUUGAAAAUGAGGGCCCCCCACAAGAACCUGUAAUGAGUGCUAAUGCAACAGUUGAAGAAUUAGUUUUAGGAAAUGGCAGUACAUCAUUUAUUCCUAUGCGGCAAAGACAAAGAAAGGAUGGUGCAGCUAUUCAAGAUGCAGUGAAUGAGGUUGACCCUUUGGACUGGCCCUCAACUGAAGGUAAUGCUGUUAAUGAGUUUAAAACAGAUGGUUUGGCAAGCAUGGCAUUUCCCACACUAUUUCCCCAUGGGAAAGGUGACCCAACAAACAGAGUCAAACAACAUGAGGUAAGUUUGGCAGAGGCAUUCAAACACCUGAUGAAGUUUGCAGAGAGGCUGCCAAAUGGUAAGUUUGAAUGGAGGUUUGCCUCACAUCCCCGGUUUCCAUACUGGGCAUUGAAUAUGAAGCAGAGACAUCAGUUGUUGUCACAAGCUAACAUUUACUUGCGGCAACAUCCAGCAGAUGCUAACAUGACUAUGGAGGAGCUGAAGACAAUGGUAAACUCGAUGAGUGCAAAUCAAAUGGUAAAUCGUUUGCAACGUUAUGUUUCAAAAAUUCAAGGAACAAAUCAGUAUUGGUAUCAGAGACUACAAGAACUCUUGGCCCUGAUUGAACAAAAAGUUUGCCCUACCUUUUUCUUUACUUUUAGUGCAGCUGAUAGCCAUUGGCCAGACUUGCAAAGACUGUUGCAAAGUAAUGAGGGUGCAUCAAGAACAGAAAGAGCACAAGCAGUGAUAGACAAUCCACACAUGACAGAUUGGUUCUUCAUGCAAAGGCUACAGGAGUUUAUCAAACAUUGGCUUCAAGGUGUCUUGGGUGCUGAAUGGUUUUGGUAUAGGUUUGAAUAUCAGGCCAGAGGUAGUAUACAUGCUCAUGGAUGUGCUAAAUUAAAGAAUGACCCAGAUAUCCGGUUAUUACGUAAACGUGCAUGUCAAGCAGUGCUUGAGAAAGAGAAAGAAAAUGAAAUGUCCCUGACGAUUUUGAAUUCUCUUGCCAGGAUAUUGUCAGAGAGGGUCAAGAUGCGGAAAGAAAGCUAA